AUGACCAAUGAACAACAAGUUCCAUUACAAACAAUCUCAGCCAAUGUCGUUGAAACAUCUUCAUCAUCUGCUUUCAAAACUAUAUACAAACGAUUACAUGCGCAUUCCGGUGUUUGGUACAUGCUCACAUCAAAUAUCCUAUUUGCGUGUUGUACAUUCUCAUUGAAGCUCAUUCCUGCCGAUAUGUUCGACAUCAUGAUCGUACGUUUUGCUGUCCAAACGAUCGUAUUUGGCAUAUACGCAAUCUGCUAUAAACAUUACAGUGUCUUCGAUACUCACGGACAACCAAUUGCCAGUGUCUUGAAUGUCUUAAUGUCAAGUGGAACGAAUUUAACUUAUUUAGCAGCGUUUUACUUUCUCCCCUUAUCAGAUCUCAACACAAUCAAAUAUACCUACAUCGUUUGGGCAGCGAUUUUAGCCGUGAUAUUUCUUAAAGAGCGUUUUAGAUUGAUCAAUGGUAUAUCGUUAGCAUUGACUGUUGCGGGUUUAUUACUUGCAACGAAACCUCAAUUUUUUAUCAAAAUUUUCAGUGAAAUGUUCAUUGAAACUCCAAAGAAUAUCUCGUUAACAACCAUUGCGACAACAACAGUUCUCAAUCAAGUGACUACAACUUCAUCUUACUACUAUCUCGGUGUUAUUCUCGCUUUUAUCUCUUCGUUAACCAAAGCAAUACAAAUGAUCGCACGCAAACAAUUAGUCAAGACGAAACAGCCUUACUCCGUGAUGAACUUCCAAUUCACAGCGUUCGCUUUAAUCAUCGCACUUUCAUACAGUCUUAUUCGGCGAAUUUGGCAGCCUGUAGGUUAUCCAUGGAAGUGGAUGUUCUCCGCUGGAGUCAUCAUUGGUGCAAUACAAUUAAUAGUUAAUACAUUUCUUGCCAAAGCAUUAAAACGGGAGAAUGUUCAAUUGGUAUCGAUUAUUGGUACAUUUGAUAUUCUCUAUGCUUGCUUAUUACAGUAUAUUUUUCUUAAAUUAACGAAAUCUGGGAUGUUUUACGUUGGUGCCUCACUGAUUGUCAUCUCGGCUAUCAUACUCUCGAUUGAUAACCAUUCAAGGAGCCAAAAGUUGAAACAACAACAACAAGAAAAGAAUCCAGAGAGUAAUGCUUGA